AUGCAAAUUAUUAACAGAACAUUAUUUGUGGUGGUGGCUUCAAGCGUUGUAUCAGCGAAAGAUCGUUUACCUUCAUGUGAACUGAUUCCAAAAUUGCUUUGCUGUACUGAUCGAGUUUUGGAUAAAUGCUUGAUUGGUUGCCUAACAUAUGUGACAAGUAAAUGCCCUCAUAAAAUGCAAAAUUUUGAAAAAAUUGCUCCAUCAUCUGAUGAAAAUUCACUGCAAGAGACAACAACGGAUUUCAGUUGGAUUGAAGAAACUACUACUGCUCCAACAAUACUUCCAACCACAUUACCUGAGUUCACGACUAAAAGUCCUCGUCGACAACCUAUCAGGAAACCAAUGAUGCUCAUAAAACCGACUCCUUCAUCUCAGAAACUAUUUGAACUUUCGGACGAUGGCAGAGUUGUUUCUCAACAAUAUAAGUUCGAAGAGUCAAGUCAUAAAAAUUACGGCGAUUAUAUUCAUCUGAAUCAACGAUAUCCUAUUACUGAGGUAACUGAUUCGAAUGCUUUAUCCGACUGUGGUCAAGAAUCUUCUCGACCCCCUUUCUCACCAUGUUUAUCAAGGAAACUGGUUGAUGAACUUUUCUUGACGUGUUGCAAACAACACGUUCCAACAAACUGUCACAGUCUAUGUACAUACGAACAUCGAGAAUAUGUCGCUGCAGAAAUGCUAAUCCAAGCGAUUCAGCACGACGUCUGUGAUUUGAAAUAUCUCAGCAAUAUAUUGUACUGCGCGAAUAGAAAUCGAGACAACCGCCAUUGCUGCCAAUUUCUCGGGCUUGCAUCGUAUGAACUUGGCGUUGGUGACAGAUGUCUGCGCAUGUGUAAUAUAGCUCAGUCAGGAGAUCGAAUAGGAACUGUCGAGAAAAAUGAUUUGGUAUGUCUCAGCAAUUGGAAUGUUCUCAUGUACUGUGCACGUGCUGGCCUUCGUACUAUUAAUUAA